AUGGCCUCGUCCUCUUUCAGAGACUCCAUGAAUUCCCUCGGGUGGUCACGCCGCGAUCCGGACGUCCCCAUCAACACUGCUCAGCAGACUGGGCUGUUAUCGUCUAUCAAGUCACUGAACCCAUUCGGAGAUGGUGGCUAUGUUAGACUCCCGACAGUUGAAGGUGCUGGAGCACCACUCCCUGCUCGAACUCGAAGAGAGGAAGAAGAAGGGUGGUUUGCUUUGAGUAGGUGGGACCGAAUAUUGAUAUUCAGCGGCUGCAAUCUUGGGGCACUUGCCUGCUUCGUCCUCUGUUUUGCUCUGUGGCCAAUCAUGAUGGGAAGGCCACGCAAAUUCGCUAUCCUAUGGUCUUUAGGGUCAGCCUUGUUCCUAGCAUCAUGGGCUGCCAUGAUGGGACCUUGGAAUUAUGUCUCGCACCUGAUGUCAACACCACGUCUGCCUUUUACUGCGGCGUAUUUUGGAUCUAUAGCUCUUACGCUAUACUUCAGUCUAGGUCUCGGAAGUAAUAUUCUCACUUUGAUAUCAUCACUCGUGCAACUUGCAUGCUUGAUAUGGUACCUCGUCAGCUAUUUCCCAAUGGGGUCAAGUGGAUUGAGACUGGCAACAAGCUUCGGCGCUCAGAGAGCCGCCGCAUGGAUGACAGGCUGA